AUGGCCCAAUCGUAUGGCGCCCGGGUGCUGGCCGCAAUGACCCUGCUGGGCAUCCCAGCGGCCGUGCUAGCUGCCUUAGGAGCGCAGCUGCUGUUUCAGCUGCAGGCGGGACGCGCUGAACUGCGGGGACCCCGCGCCGAGGUCCUGAUCCCGGAGCUGGGCGCUGGACCCGGGCUGCCAGAGGACGCGGCCGGUGCGCUGCUGCCGCUAGCCGCCGCGCUCGCCGCGCUCGCCCUAGUGCUGGCCCUCACCUGCCUGCUGCUCGCCGCGCUCUGCGGUCACCUAGGUGCCGAGAUGGCACGGGGGACCAGCCCUGGCAGGUCUGACUGGUUUCUCUAUGACUGCCGCCUCCUCAGACACGUGGCCCUUGGCCUCUUCUGCUGUGGGAUCUCCGUCUACUUGGCAGCACUGUCCAUCUAUGCUCUGCUGCUCUUUGAGAUUGAGACGGGUGCAGUGACCGCUUCCAUCCUUGGCUUGGGCGCCCUGGCUCUGGUGGCCGUGCUGACCCACACUCUCCUCCGUGCUGCCCGGGCCACCCGCCGUGGCCUCCAUGAGCUGUCCCCACCACCUUUUGAGGAUGACUCCGCCCGCUCCACCGAGGUCUCCAAGGCCAGCCCUAGGACUAAGUUCCAACAGGGUACCCACCGUCAAACCCCCUAUGCAACCUGCCCAGAGCCUAGGAUCCCCUUUGGGACCAUGGCCACCACCAUGGCACCUGUGACCCUGGGGGGAGGCCAGGAGAGCAGCCCACCUGCAUCCUUCAUGCACCAGAUAAUGCCGCCUGAAACAGGGCCCUGGGAAGGAGUCACCCAUGAGAUACGCAGCAUCCUGGGACACAGGCCAGGAGCCACAGGGAAGGACUCCACGCUGGUGUGA